AUGGCAGCAGGAUCGAUUCAAGUUCCUACAAUUGUUCCUUUACGAAAGCCAGGAGCACAAAAAAACUUUAUCACUACUGCAACUUUAAUAGAAAUCGCAACGACUAGAGCAGAUAUUCAAAUCUUUUACACAAUUGAUGGGAAUAAACCUGAUCCUUUUCGAAAAAUUGGAACUAACAAUACCUACAUUUAUAAAAAGCCUUUUCAACUGCCGGCUGGUAAAAGAUCAAUUAAAGCUGUCGCAGUAUCAAGUGAUGGCACUCGGCAAAGCAAUGUUGUCACUAAAACCUUUAACGUAGAACAAGCAAGCUCUCAAGAUGAAGCUACAGAAAGAAGCAAAUUAGGAGGACCAAAGUUAUCAAAGUCUCUAAUUGGUAAAAUGUUAAGCUCAACUGCAAAGUCUGAGAAUGAACUGAUAGGAAAAACACGAGAUCUUAAUUUAAAUCAAUCUAAUAACGAAUCAUUUUAUACUGGACCUAAAUAUCUAAAUAAUAGACUGGGUAGUAAUACCUUAGAUGGAAGCUAUGAAGAUACCAAUUUAAGGCAGUCCUCGGUAUAA